AUGAACGAAAGAUUCAGCUGGAUUCCAGAAGCGAAAGAGACCAGAAACCGAUUGGAAAUGAUGGUCGCAUUAAGUCGCUUGCCAGCAUGUCAAGUUAAGCAAUCAUCCAGCAAACUUCGUUCAGCUGUAGCACCCUUCCGGUGCCUAACUGCCAUGUUGCGCGAGGGCUGGGAUACUGUCAGGUUGCUCAAGUCUAGACAAGGGAAGUUGAGAGACAGCGGUCGAGUUCGAACCACAAACCUUCCGGCGAGAUGGCCCAAGUGGUUAGAGCGCGAAUUUACUGACCGGAAGGUCCGUGGUUCGAAUCCGACCUCCGCCACUCAACUUCCCCUGCCUAGGCUUGGGCAACCUGGCAGUAUCUCAGCCCUCGUGCUUCCUUCGGGUGGCAUGGCAGCUAGGCACCGGAAGGGUGCUACAGCUGAACGCUUUCUUUCUUUCUGUAAUGCUACCAAAAGGUACAGAGGCUGA